AUGAAGUUUUCGGAUUCGCUUAUGUCAAAUCAAAAGGACAAUCCUUGGAUUGUCCAAAAGUAUGGUGGUACCAGUUUAUUGAAUGUCGGAGAUUCUUGUGAUUUUAGGAAACAUUUAGAGGAUUAUCGGGUUGUUCUAGUAUGUUCUGCUAGAAGCUGCGAAACAAAAUCGAAAGGAACUACGAAUAUGCUUCUCAGAGCGGCGGAAGAAUCACAAAAGUCGGAUUCUGAUGAAUACCUUAGAAUAGUCGAUCAAAUUGCAGCCGAUCAUGUCCAAGGUGCUCGUUCUGUGAUUAAUAACGCCAAGAUCUUGAAAGAAUUGGAACAACAGCUUUAUAAAGAUAUCUCAGAACUCAAGAACUUAUUGAAUGCAACUAAAAUUAUUAACGAGAUAUCUCCUCACUCUAAAGACAAGAUAAUUGGAUACGGUGAAAGGUUGUCUUGUCGUAUUGUUCAUGCUGUUUUACGUGAUAAGGGUAUUGAUGCAGAGUUUGUAAGCUUGGAAAAUGUUAUUGGACAAGGAAAAUUCGACCGUGUUGAUCUUGAUCGAACUUUUUAUGAUCAUCUGGCUGAUGUUAUGUCGUCAAAAGUCAGAAAAUGCGGGGAUCGAGUACCCGUAGUAACUGGAAAUUUUGGUGUUUUCCCGGGAAGUUUACUUGCUAAUGUCGGCCGUGGGUACACCGAUUUGUGUGCUGCCCUUCUCGCAUCUGGACUUGGUGCCAAGGAGCUUCAAAUUUGGAAAGAGGUUGAUGGAAUUUUUACUGCAGAUCCGCGAAAAGUUAAAAGCGCUAGACUUCUAACUACUAUUACCCCAGAGGAAGCUUCUGAGCUUACAUAUUAUGGUUCUGAAGUUAUACAUCCGUUUACUAUGGAACAAGUGAUGCGUAGGAGUAUUCCUAUCCGAAUAAAGAACGUCAUGAACCCACUGGGUGAGGGAACAAUUGUAUUUCCGGAUAAUUCUGUCGAGAAUGGAUGGGCGAAAAGUUCCAACAUUCCUGACAUAAACCAGAAUGGAAAUCAUUUUGACACUUCUAAGAAGCAGCCUACGGCUGUGACCAUUAAGGAUAAUGUUAUUGUCAUUAAUGUCCAUUCGAACCGCAAAAUGAUCAGUCAUGGAUUUUUCGCGCAGAUUUUUGCCGCAUUGGACACAUAUGGAAUUAUAGUUGAUUUGAUUUCUACAAGUGAAGUUCACGUUUCAAUGGCCCUUGGUGCGAAUAUUGAAGAACGCGAUUUGCAAGCGGCAAUACAAGAAUUGAAGAAAUUAGGACAGGUGGAUGUUCUUAAAGAUAUGGCCAUCCUGAGUUUGGUUGGAAAGCAAAUGAAAAACGCGGUCGGUAUUGCUGGAAAGAUGUUUACAACACUUGCCGCAGCAAAAGUCAACAUCGAAAUGAUAUCGCAAGGUGCUUCUGAAAUUAACAUUUCUUGUGUCAUCGAUGAAGUGAACGCAGAAAUAGCACUCAACGUUAUACACGCCAACCUAUUACCUCCUUACAAUAUUUAA